GCCGACUCCGAGAGUUGGAGCUUCUAGACGCAGCGCAAGUUCGGGGUUUAUUUCGCGUGUUUUUUCUCCAAAGAUACUGGCGCGUGCACUACGUGCUACGGCAGUUGCUGUACUACAUAGCCCUUCAUCCUUCGACGAAGAUGCAGGUUCUUAGCUUCUUGUUGCAACUCCUGUGCUAUGAUGAUAGCGACACCUCUCUUCUAGCUUCGGCUGAAGGAGGCGCAGCAGCCGACGAUUGCACUUCUCUAGCACAUGUAUGGGGAGAUGUCAGCAACAUUCUGGACACGACUGCAUCAGCAGAAGCGAUGUUGCCGCAACUUCAUUCCGAUUACCCACCGAUCUGGGGCGGCUCGUCUUCGUCGUCAGGCAGCAAGCCACAUGCCAUUCCGCAGUCCACAGCAAACACGUUUGGUUUUGCCCCUCCUACGCGCAGCACAUCAAAAAGAAUUGCGGCCUCAGCUUCUAGUACUAGUGUCGGCGCUUUGGAUUCUCUGGGACUCUCUCUGAUGGACAUCGCGGAAGACAUGCCCUUAGUCACGGCAGCAACCGCAGCGAACCUGUUGCGGGGAAGAUUUACCGGUGAAACAACGUCCUCUACCAGUGUCGGAAACAUAAUGGCCGCUAGUUCAUCCUCAUCAGCAACCGUUUUGCUGGGGGGUGGAGUGGACAAUAGCACCAGUAGUAUUUCGUUGCAGAACAACAAAGUGCUAAUCGCGUCGGCUCUGAGUGGGGCGGCACGUCACGCGACCGCUACACUGUCGAGGCAAGCAUGGGCACUGUUGCUGCGCGGACGAGCAUUUGAGGCGUUGAUGAAUCUAGUGACGCGCGUUCCAAGUGCCGACUUCUUUCUAGAAAACAACAACCUUUCCAAGCUGAUCCUCUUGCUCGACGUUGUCGGGUACUGAGUUUAUGAUCUAUUAGUUGAUUCUUGGCUAGCAAUUUUCUUCUGAAGUACAUUAGUAAUUGUUGUGGUUGAAGGUUGUGGGAUAGGUUUCGAUGCGACAUGUAGUCUGCACCUUCAUUGACAUUCCCUCUCUCCUUCUAGGACAUUUUAUAUACAACAGAUUGAUCAUAAUUUCAUGAAGAUGCCGUCUGUUUGAUUCGUGUUACUGCUUCACUGUUUUAGUCGGGUAUUCAAAACCUUUGUAGGUACAACAAUGCAGUGCACGUCGGCUGGCUCGUGAGCACAGUGGAGUCCCUGCUUCUCGCGCCAACAGACUCUGAGGGGUUAGAAACUCAGAAGAAGCUCAGAGCUGAUCUGACGAGCGAUGGCCUGAGAACCAUUGUGCAGUACCUCUGCCUGGCGCCGACAAAUGAGCACGAAAAAGCUCUCCGAAGCAUAAAACACGUUGUCGUUCAAGUACUUAUCAGAAUUUAAACGUUAUACUAUCAUUUGUAAGCAUGUGGAAUUUUAAGUCUUAUUUGGACUCCGGUCUGGAUGCAUGAUAUUAAUUUUUAGCCUUGACUUAGAUUUGUGUUGCACUGUGAAGAGACAACAACCACUAACAGUACGCAAGUUCUUCUCCAUAUUUCGUUCAGCAACAAGUUCGGAAAGUGCAAGUCUCUAGUAAUCUCCAUAUUUUGUUCAGCUUUUCUGUGACGAGAUCGACGGAGUCGCGACAGCGGACUUGAGUGAUGCGCGUAAGCGAUAUGACGCCUACCGCGAAGAAGAAAAGAAGAAGGAAGAUGCAAAGGAGGCAUCUAACACGGGUGACGUCGAAAUGGCCGACGCUGAAAACGGUGAAAAGAAGACUUGCAGUAGUAGUGAUCAUGGUGUGACAAAAGGCAUCGCUGAGAAUCAGGCGCAAGCCUCUGCUGGCUCAGCAGCUGCUGACUCUGCGGCGAGUAGUGCAGCCGCGGGCGCAGCUUCAUCAUCCGGCAAGAAGGACGAUAAGACGGAUAAAACGAAGGAUGGCGACAAGAAGGUGGAUGAAAAGUCAACGGAUUCUGAGAAGUCGAAGGAAGUGAAGGCAGAGGAAUCUAGACGGCGACAGCAACUGGCAGACAAAUACUUGCAGGUGGGUCCCCGUAGACAGAUGAUGUAUCGCUUUUUGCUAGGAAACACAUCGCGAAUAAUAAGACGUCUUUCGCGUAGUGGAAGGACGUUAGCGGAACAGCAGGAUGAGGCUGGAUCCUACGGAAACGUCCAAGAGGCGAUCUUUUUGCGUCUCCUGAAAGUCCUGCAGGAAGUCUUUGUAGCCGAGAGAAAGCACGCGGCUAGCUGGGCAAAGAACGUCAUUGAGGCUGGACCUCCGAUCCAAGUUCCCGCUGACGACAAAAGCAAGGAGGAUGGAAUUGACAAGAAAGCCGGUUCAUCACCCAGUGACAAAGUGGGUGACAAAAUUAAGGCUUGAAAAUGUCCAUCUAUUCCAGCAUCUUGGCCCCAUUUAUUGAAGGGGAAAAUGAACCAAGAUGCUGGCCAGGAUGGAUUUAGGCAAGGUCUAACAAGUAGACAGAACAGCCUUCCUCCUCUGGUACUGCAGGAGUCGGGGGUGCGGCCGCGUCAUCCAGUCGUAGUGCUGGAGCAGGGCCAUCAGGGACGAGUAGUUCGUCAAGAGCGGGUGACGGAGAGCAAGAAACGGCAGAAACCGAAGAAGAGAGUGCAGAGCAGAAGAGCGUUUUGAAACUACAGGAGUUCUUAGACCUGGCAGGUGUGGACGAACUCUGGAACGCCUUGGAUCGCAGUUUGCAGAUAGUAACACGCGUUGCCGAAGAGCACGCCGAAACCCAGAAGAUGAACCAAGUUACUACAACUACUUCUUCAUCUAGCGCAACCGGAGCUUCUACAACUGCUUCCUCGAGUGGAACACAACUACAGCAGUCCUCAGGAGGAGGCGCCUCUUCUUCUCUCCUAGCGGUUCCAGGACAAGAGCAGCAGUCGCGCCAGCUUACGAGGACAUCGAGCAAGACUGCAGCCGGUUUUGAAGUCGAUAUUUCCAAACAAAUGCCCCUGAUCGAAGCGCUGUUUUUGUUUCACUGUACAGAGGAGAAGAAACCAGAUGACAAAAAAGACUUCCUGAAGAUGGAAGUUGGCAGUCAAGAAGACGAGGAGAACGCGAGAAUACGAAAAUUGAAGCAAUUUUCAGAGCGACACGCGAAAGCGAUCAAUUACAACGUGAAACAGCAACCGAACCUGCUACAGAAGAGCAUGGCGCCCAUUGUAAUGACUUACUCUAGUAGUCCAUCGUUGGGUGCUAUAUUAAACGAUUCUGGUACAACAUCAACAUCUUCGGGUGGAUUGCGAUGUGGAUAAAUCAUGGUUGAUUAUACUAGUAUUAAGUUUGCAAAUGAGUUCAUACUUGAACGAAUGUGUCGAUACAACGAGGUAUCUUGAGUCUUUCUCAGUUCAUGUCGAGAUUGUCAAUCCCACCACACCCACGAACGUAGGUUCGUUACUGUCCUCAUAUUUUGGACUUUCCGAAUAAGCAGAACUUCUUUCGAUCCAAGAUAAAGGGAAGGCGGGACCCGAGUAUCCGAGGCAACUCAAUUAGGUUGAACCUGAGGCGAGACCAGGUCUUCAUGGACUCUUAUCAUCAGCUCAGACACAGAACAGCCGAGGAGUUCAAGGCGAAAGUCGUGGUAAAUUUCCAGGGAGAAGAAGGUAUGGAUGCAGGCGGUCUCACACGGUACUAUAGAAAAACGCGACGCCACAAAUAUUUUCCAUUUUGAGUAUUUAUUAUGAUUGCCAAAGAUUGUUUGCAUGUUAGAGCAUCUCGCUAGAAAACUUCGAUUGUCACUCUAUAAACUACUCUAUUGUUGUCUGGUACUAGAUUCCUGGUGAUUACUACAUUCUUCACAAACUACACCUUCUUCAGGGAGUGGUAUAAAAAGUUGGGAGAGGACAUGUUUAAUCCUGGCUACGCCCUAUUCGAGCCGGCGGGCGGCAAGAUAUCAACGUACCAUCCGAAUCCCGCGAGCAACGUAAACGAGGCCCACCUUCACUUCUUCAAAUUUGCCGGAAGGAUUAUCGGGAAGUGCAUCUACGACAACUAUCACAUGGGAAGGUAUUUCGUUUAUACGAUAUGCAUCUACGACAACUAUCACAUGGGAAGGUAUUUCGUUUCCCCAUAACGACCCUAGGAGGGGUGCAUCUACGACAACUAUCACAUGGGAAGGUAUUUCGUUUACCCAUAACGACCCUAGGAGGGGCGCACUCACUCAUAAACUGACACCAAUGAAGAUUUUUUGUGAAUGGGUUAUGAUUUUUUGUGAAUGAGUUAUAUUAUAACUGUUAAAAAUCAAGUACUUAUUUCUUGUGAAUGAGUUAUUUAGCUGUUAAAAAUCAUACUUGCUUCUGCUUGGUUUGGCUUUAGUUACCUUGAUAAAUAACUUGAAGAACUCAAAAAUCGCUCAGUUACUUCACGCGUGGCCUGUACAAAUUGAUGCUUCGCAAGCGAACAGACCCUGAAGACCUAGAGUUCCUGGAUCCGACUUAUUACAAGAACGUGCAGUAUAUGCGUGAGAACGACGUGCAGUAUUUGGAUCUGUCGAUGACAGCCGAGCGGCAGGAAUUCGGUGAGACGAAAACCUACGACUUAGUGCCGGGUGGACGCGACAUCGAGGUCACCAAUGAUUAAGGCAAAAGAUUUGUCACUUUUGAUAAUUUUCAAGAUCGUUACUUAUAAGUGACUAGUCGUGGUCUCACUUUUGAUAAUUUUCAAGAUCGUUACUUAUAAGUGACAGAUAUUCGAAAACUGAAAAUAACCGAGUAACUGACUUAAAUAAGGGAGGUAGCUUAACGUCAAGGCUACUCUUCCUUUUCAUCAGUAUCUCGCUUAUUCUGAACAGUUACUUGCUUAUUUCAGUUUUUCGAUUAGUUACAGUGACUAGUCGUGGUCAGACUAUAGUUACCCUUUUCUCUUUUAUAUCUUCCUCUGGUCUGUCUUUUUUCUAGUUAGGUCGGCUCCGCCACAAUUUAUAUGUGACUAGUCGUGGCCAGACUAAGAACUAUGAAACAAAGUAACAACCACGUAUACGAACAGUGGUAAGUAACAUCAAAGGCAAGUAACAUGAAAGGUAAAUAACAUUCACUAGAGUGGGUAACGUCAAAGGCAAGUAACAUCAGAGGUAAGUCACAGCAAAGCAGGUCGUUACCUCAAGGGUAACAGCAUCAAAGCUCUAAGACAGGAACAAAGAGGAGUAUAUCCAGAGGAUGUGCGAGUUCAAGCUGCUGGGUUCGGUGAAAGAGCAGGUCGCGGCAUUUCUGGAGGGAUUCCACGAAUUGAUGCCCCAAGAAAUUCAAAUCUUCGACUCGAAAGAACUGGAGCUGCUCAUUUGCGGCUUGCCAGAAAUCGACCUGGAGGAUCUAAGGAUGAAUACGGAGUACUAAUCUUCAGUUAAACAACUUUUCCACUGAACGACAAGAAUUUGAGUGCAGUCUGCACUGAUAACUGUGCGAGAUUAAUUGUAUUGUAUUGUGGCUGGCGGAGUCGGCGACUACACGACUGGCUUCAAAAAAAUACAUUAAUCAAUGAGCAGAUUAUACUAGGCGUUUACCGUUCUUCAUCUAUGAAUACCAGACUUUUGCAUGUUUAUCAUUCUGGUGUCUUCAUCAAGAAACAUCAAGAAUCUACCGACAUGAAACAAAACAGGUACCAGAAUUACACGGCAACGUCAUUGCAGAUCGUUUGGUUCUGGGAGAUCGUGGAGGAAAUGUCGCAGGAGCAGCGCGCGUGGCUAUUGCAGUUUGUGACGGGCACUUCGCAAGUUCCGCUUGGCGGGUUCAAGAACCUUCAAGUUAUGCGAAGUCUUAUAAUCUUUCAUCUUCAUCCACAGUUGUUAGUGUGACUAUCCAUUCAUUAGUGUGCUACUGAAUAACUGGUUAAGGUACGACUAUGAUACAUCCAAAGUUCUUGUCCUCCAAGUUUCACCUGUGCCUGAGGUCAAAGUUGCUUAGGAUUAGGUUAGCUUUAGGGUUAAAGAUUUUUUUCCUUUUUCUAAGAAUCGCAUGCGCGGACCACAGAAAUUCUCGAUUCACCGAGCCCACACGACCGAGCGGCUUCCCAGCGCGCAUACGUGUUUCAAUCAACUCGAUGUGCCUGAGUACGCCUCAAAAGACAUUCUGCGGAAAAAAUUGCUACAGGCGGUUGAAAUGGCACGUGAGGGAUUCGGCUUCGUCUAAACAAGAGAGCCGGGUGAAACCUAAGGUAUCACACUUAGCACAACUACGACGAGUCAGUCAGUCUACUGAAACAUUUAGUACUCAAGAAAUCGAAAUACUUUUGCUACAUAACAGCUGCCUAUUAUGGAAGAGUUGAUGUGUUAAGGACAUUGUAGCUAAUGAAGAUAUGAGGAUAGAUUCUUUCCUACGACAAUUUGAAUGUUUGAUGGUAAAUGUUUUUUUUUGCAGGCCAUUGUUAGACAGAAUGAAAGGCAAAGUGUUUUUGAGUACUUAUCUCAUUAGGAAGAAACGUAGUUCGUUACUAUUGAAAGGCAGCCGUGCAUUACCGUUGUAGAAUUUCUCGUCGAAGAAAAUGUUGAUCGUAUCCAUACCACUACCUAGUUGAUUUGUCUACAAAAAAGAAGCCAUCUGUUUUGAGCGAUGAGAUAAUCCCUAGUGGUCUUUCGGGAACGCCAGAGGGGUUCGCGGUUUUCUUUCCGUCUCGCGCGAUGCGAGUGGCAUUCCUUUGGUCUACACUCAGCUGAGUUGCAAAAAUCUACUUCUGUCGGAGUGCGGAGAGCUUCGCCGCGACCGUGCGCCGCAAUUCCUAGGAAUGCAAAGGUUACCGCCCCGGAGCGGUUUGUGUGAUUUUAUCUGCCUUGUUGAGUGUGCCGAGCGCGCCGCGCUUUUGGGUCAGAUGGUCAGUAGCUUUAGCGUAGUCAAGCGGCUUAUUUAAAAGGGGGAGAGAGUCCCAUCGCUCUCCCUCACCGAUCUGGUUAUCUCCCGCCCGGUUGUGGCUAUCAGGCUUAAGGUAGCCCCUUUGGUCGGGGUCAGCCCUCCAAUUAUUUGCUUUUUGUUUUUUCUUUCAUUGGCUGCAUAGCGGGAGGAGCUGGCCACAAGAAGAGGGUGAUGCAUGAAGAUGCAGAUUGAUUAUAAGCACAUAGCACGUAGCACGUAGUGUGCCUUCACCAAUCUAAUCAACAUGCAUUUUCUUACUUAGUCAGAAGCAUCCGACUAGUUUCCUUCGCCAAUCAGUUUCCGCGCAGCUCCGCCCAGGGCCAAAAAAUUAAUUAACUUAUUUAAGCGGACAACGUUCCGCCGCCCAAAUCUAGCAUUCACAAAAUGCGCGGGAAGGUGAGACGGGCAACUCCCCGGGUGGCAGGUAUUAGGUGUGUAAUUUUCCCCGCCUUUUCUCCUAGUUUUUGUUCAUAUUAAAAUCGUAGGGGCUUUUAGCGUAGUUGUUUUUAAGGAGAUUAAGAGCUCCCCCCUACGCCGGUAACUACGCGGGAAAUAUGUCGGCAGGUUCUUCACGGAACUCGCCCGCGAUACAAAAAAAAACCUAUUGAAGCACGGAAAUUGAAUUGUGCUUAGACAUAAUUUUUUUACUUUUCAGUCCACGUGAACUGGAUAAAUUUGUAUUCUCGUUCUGGUCGCUAUAAUUUUUUAUGUUCGGUGAGAGUACUUACCACUCGUUCCAUUGUAGUCAGUUACCGGUAGAAGAACAGCAACUAAGAUCUACCAGACCUAAAUAUUAGUACACUUUUGCGGGAACAAUAUCUUCUUCAGUCUUGAUCAAUCCAAUAGGUGAUGAAUACUAAGUUCUUUUACACCAAGCAAUCAGAAGUGCGAUUAUUUUGUUAACACAAGCAAAAAGACAAAUUUACAGAUCGUGGAAAAAAGGGUUUAUUUGAUCUAGUGCGCACCCCAUUCUUCUUAACUUAAGUACAGAUUCAUUGCUGUGCGCACUUUUGUUUCUUGGAAAUCAAUUCCAUCAGAACAAAACCUCGCAAUCUAUCUAAGGUGAAUACAAAUACCCUCUUAUAUUGUCCGUCUACUUCUCGUUCCCUUUUAUUGACUGAAUCCUUUAGCUAUGUCCUCUUUCCCUGUGAUAGACACCUAGCAGGUAAAGACAUAGGUCAGGAAACAAAUCCGUAGCAUAUUGUUCAUCAUCGAUUCUUCUAUGGUCAUCCAUCAAAUUUUUCAGUUUCAGAAAGUGAAAGACAAGCAUCAAAAAAAGUGUCAUAAAUUGAGUGGUCAAGAACCAAUAACAACAGCAUCAUGUUAGAUAGUUACUUAUGGAACAGAGUGUAAUUGCAGGAUGAAGCUAAGUGGCGAUGAAUCCCAGGAAAAAGGCGACAAUCUACACAGUGCAACGUCCUGGAAGAGAAGCACUCCAAAAACUCAAUCCCCUCUAUGAUGUUCGAUCAACAGCGCCGUCCAACUCCUACUCAUCCUUGAGGUACCUACUUUUUUAUUCACAUUUACUGCUCUCAUAUUGAUUCAACCAAAGAAGUCCAUUCUAAUCCUG